AACUUCAUUCUGCAGAGAGACCUCUAGUGUUUUUCUUUCUCCAUGUCCUGGCAGAGUUCCUCCAAAGUACAAAUACACACAGAGCUCCCAUUGUUUGCAGCCCUUCACAAGCCCACUGAUCCUAAUAUGGAAUUCAGCAGGAAACCCAUGAUUUCCUGACACACAGCAAGCUGGAGCAAGAAAGGAAAAACUCCAUUAAAAACCUCCAGGCUCUCCUCCAUGUUAGAAAUGAAAUGGAAAAUGGAGUGGAUUUAACAGGAAUCCCUGAUUCCUGUGGCCAAGCUGGAAGAAGGGAGGCACGAAUCAAAGCCGCAGGCUGCUGAUAUUUUUUAAGUCGCAAUAAAUACCGAGAACUCCUGGGCAAGAUGAAGAUUUCCUGACUCGGACGAACGAGAAAGGACAGAUCGCUUCUUUAUGAUAUUCCUGUCUGUAUAUUUAAUUUAUUCACCUCGAUGAUUCUCUUGACUGAUCUGGUAAUUGUUAGAAGCGGCUGUGACAGCCUGGAAAUAUUAGUAUGAUUUCCUGAGUUUGAGAUUUGCUGCCCCCCCCUCCUCCCUGCUCCAAACUCAGGAAAAGUCAAUACAAUCGCACUUCAUUUUUCCUUCAUGUGCACUUGGAAGUCCUGGGAGCAGCAAGAGCAGCGGCAGCGGCAGCAGCAGCAAGAAUGAACUGCAAGGAAGAAGAUGACAACUGCACUGACGGGAGCAGCAAUAACGCGAAGAAGAUGUUAAAAUGCGUGGUGGUUGGGGAUGGUGCAGUUGGGAAAACCUGUCUGCUGAUGAGUUAUGCCAAUGAUGCCUUCCCAGAGGAGUAUGUCCCUACUGUGUUUGAUCACUAUGCAGUAACUGUGACUGUGGGAGGACAACAACACUUGCUGGGACUUUAUGACACUGCAGGGCAGGAGGACUACAACCAGCUGAGACCCCUGUCCUACCCCAACACGGACGUUUUCUUGAUUUGCUUCUCGGUGGUGAACCCCGCCUCAUACCACAACGUCCAGGAGGAGUGGGUGCCUGAGCUGAAGGUCUGCAUGCCCAACGUGCCUUACGUCCUCAUUGGAACACAGAUUGAUCUCCGAGAUGAUCCCAAAACUUUGGCUCGGCUGCUUUAUAUGAAGGAGAAACCCCUCACCUAUGAGCACGGCGUGAAGCUAGCAAAAGAGAUUGGAGCACAGUGUUAUCUGGAGUGCUCAGCCCUCACACAGAAAGGCCUUAAAACUGUCUUUGAUGAGGCAAUCCUGACCAUUUUCCACCCCAAGAAGAAGAAGAAGCGUUGUGCAAAGUGCCACAGCUGCUGCACCCUUGUGUGAAGUCACUUGGAAAGAAAAACAGGAUGAGUUCAAUGAAACCAAGCAGGUUAGAAAGGCAAUGAAGGUCACAUGCAACUGAAAUGGGGAACAUGACCAGAAAGGGGUCCUUCUUACCCAAAUAUAGGAGCCCUCUGUUCUGUGAAACCUCCAAGCUGUAUCACACUAGGCCAACUCAUGUCUAUGUGCUUUCCUAACCCUCCAGAGUUGUACACAGCCUGUUCCCACUACUGCAGACUGCACUGAGCCAUCAGAAACGAGGAUACCUUCUCCUGCUUGACUCUUCACUUUAGGAAUAAAGUGAAGGUAGUGUGUGGAAAAACAAAGAAUAAAGGUGGUAAAAGAAACUCCAUUUGUGGCCUUAAGCAAGAAUUUAUCAAAAUUAGGAAUCUGCAGUACUUGGGAUUUGAAUCUGAAUUGACUGAAAGCACAUGGAGAUCUGUAGAAAUCUAAUAUGUAAGAUAUACACUAUAGGUAGGAUGUAUUUUUAAAUUACUUUUCUUUUAUAAGACUCGUUAGUUCAGGAUAUACUUUAGUUUGUUCAAAUCACAUGGAAGCAAAGGUGGAAUGAUUCCAGUUUGUUUUCACUUAAUGACGAAACUUCACAGCAUCAGGAUGUUGCUGCACCCAAGCUACCAAAAUGGAUCGACAUUUACCUCCAGACUUAAGGAAUGUUCUUACAACAAAAAAAAAUGCAAAUAACUGUAUUUUUACAGGGGAAUGUUCAGGCUGAGCCAUGUUUCCAUAAGCUGGGAAAGGAAGAACAGAGUUGUAGCAUUAAUGUACUGAAACAAAGAAAUUUUGUCACCAAAGAUUAUUGCCCUAGACAUGAAAUAGCAGCGUGGAACAAUCUCCCUUCCAAACUGAGAACAUGAACAAGACACAUUGCUAUGGCAACUGCAAAUUUACCUUAUAGAUCCUCUGGAUUUCUACAUCUCACCCAGCAGACAAAAAUAGCAAAAACGAGAAAGCCAAAGGUCACACUGACUUCAAGUGCUUUAAGGUGACCCAAUUGCCUUAAGAUUUUUUUUUUUUUUAAUGGAGUAUCUCAUGUUAAAAAACUCAACAAAGUGGAGUUGUAAACAUGUUGAUUUAUUGUAGUCUUCCUCCUCCCACUCAUUACUUCUUUCUUUGCUCCUGUUUUUCCAUCUUCAUCACUGUGAGUGCUGUUUAAGUUGCUGCGUGGCUGCAGCCCUCAGGAGUGAACUUUCACAUGAGUCGCAGAUGAUGGGCUGCAGCCAGCAGCACAGAGAUGGGAAGUCCAGACCUUAAGGGAAGGGAAGCUGCCUGUUAGCUCUCUUUGCUGUUGAAGAAAGCGUGCCUUUCCACUAAAGCCUCUCCAGGGAGCCUCUACUUUUGCACAUCACAGCAACACAGACACUUCAGAGGUGAAUUCAAAGGGCGUCUUGUUACUUGCACCUGCCUUCAGGUACCCUGGCAAUGCCACAAGACUGUCUUGUUAUGGAUUUCAUUCCCCAAACAGAAAAUCACAGUGCCAGCAAAUAUAGAUUUCAAGACCUCUUGUAACUCCUUGCAGGAGAGUCUGUAGUCAGCGUUUUCCAGAAGUGCUAGGAGCAAGCAAGUAACAGCAGUGCACCCUCCCAGCCAGGGGCACAUCCCUGCGCCCCACGCACCCCGCUCCACGGAACUGCCAGCCCACUGAAGCACAGUAGCAUGGCUGAGCACAUACAUGCAGCCAGAAAAACUCUGGUGAUUAGUGGUGAAUUAUAGACCCAGUGUUACUCGGAGCGAUUAGUGACUUCAGCCAGACUGUAGGAACUGCUCCCUUGGCGCAGAGAAGGGAACAAGCGUGAUGCAGUGCCCAGUCCUGCAGUCAGCAAGGCUUAUGGAUACAAGCUCCUCCUUUGGCACAAACUUAAUUUACCAUGGACAUGUACAGACACCAGCUCUGACACCCUAAAACGUUUCCAGGUAGAAAUCAGCAGUGCUCUCUGACCAAAGAGAUCAAAGUUGAGGCAAACACCUUGUUGCAGUUCCCAGCCCAAUCUCACUCACCAUGUCUUCCCUACUGCACACGAGCAUGGAUGAAAAUAAUUGUGCUAAAUGAAAGACAGACGAAAGAAGGAUUUCCUCACUGCUGGCAUUUUUGUGCAUAUUAUAUAUUCACUUUUGCUAUGUUCCAGACAUUUGCUUCAAAUGGACUGGCCGAUAAAGCACAGCUCAGAGCUAGGACAGGGCUGAGGCCAGGUGAAGGAAUUCAUGUCUUGCUGCAGAGGCUGCAUUGCCAUUCCCAGGCAGAGCAGUGAGUAUUCACACAGCCAGGACACUGGCAAUCAGCUGAACUAUAAUGUGUAAGGAGAUAUUAGAGGACCAUGAGCAAAACUAGAAGUGGAUUAAAUAAAUAAAUAUUUAGGUAAUGUUUGUUGGCUUACAACAUGAUUAGAAGUCCACUGAAACCAAAAAAAAAAAAAAAAAAAAAAAGUUUUAAACAGAUUUCA